AUGUUAUUGGUAGUGGGAUUCUGGGUUCAGUAUCUUUGGAUGAGACAAGUGCCAUAUCACUUUGCGUGGGUGGAGACUAGCCACAACAAGGCAUCCUCCACAAUAUUUUCCAUGGGAAACAGUCCCCACUGCAAGACGUUCCUUUCCAAUCCAACGUUUCUACCCCAAGUGGCCCACGUGGCCGUCCAGGAUUGGAUGGACCGCCAACACAAAACCAGCAACAAUGCUACUACUAGCAUGAGCCCCGCCAUGCAACAGGCAUCCGCCCAAUGGAACCAAGCCAUGCGAGCCUGUCAUUAUUACCAUGAUACUCACGAGGAGCAAGCAGCCCUGUCAUUACGGUCCUUCAUGGAUGGCUUGGCCAAAUGUGGAGACCCCCACAACAUUCAUCACGGCGGUUUGGAGUCACUAUUCGAGGGGGAGUGGUGUUCGGAGGCGUGGAGAAAACGAUUGCGUCCCGCCUUUUGGAUUCCGCUUCCAAGGGUCUUUCAAAAACAAUGGAUUGCCCAAAAGUUGGUGCAAACGGCCAGGUGUGCUCUUCAUUUGGAGUUUCCUCUACAGCCCUGCUACGACAACAAUCACAAAAGUACUUUGGCACAAGCUACUGCUGCUGACACCACCACCACCACCACCAACAACAAUACUCAUACCCAAAAAGUCAACAACAACCCAAAACAAGUGUUUCUGGUAGCAUUGGCCAUGGGACGGGGACAACGUCCCGACAAAAUGGCGUGUCCAUUGGUAGCCACGGCGGUGGCACGAAACUGGAAUGUCGUAUUGGCCACGGGCAGAUUUCGAGGACUCAAGUACAAGUACACUUAUGCCUUGCAGACGAUCCAUCACAUACUAGCUCAUACCCAGUCUCAUGCCAACGAAACACUCAUUGUCUUUGCCGAUGCCAAGGAUGUCUUCAUUCAAAAUACGCCAAGUGAAGUGCUACAGGCGUUCCAAACAAGACAAACACAGCAAUCACCUUCCUUUCUCUUUUCGGCAGAGGAUUUAUGCUUUCCCAUGGGGGUAUGGCCUCAUAGUCUGGGAAUACCACACUCCGUGUGUGGCAGCCACAAGCAACAGGGAAACUUUCCAAUGGCUAUGAGUCAAGAUGGGGCCAUACGCCAAGGACACAAAUUUGUCAAUACGGGUGGGUGGCUUGGUGUUGCCUCACAAGCUGGGCUGGUGUUGCAAGAACUGUCGCACGCCAUACUGAAUAGGCCCGAGGAACAGGUGUGUCACACGGCCGGAACGGACCAGUUGUUGGGGAAUGCCGCCUUUCUGCGACACUCUUCAUCCACUAGUACUAUUGGGUUGGAUGCCAAUUAUCAGUUCUUUGCGGGAGGUAGUUGGUCUAUGAUCCACAAUGAAUUGCAGUUGCAAGAUCAACCAGAAUCCUCCUCCCAACAACAACAUUCCAACCGCAAAGCCUACUGCCACACAACCACAGCAGCAUCAGGUGCUUCCAGCAUCAAAUGUCCUCCCUUUCUACAUUUCAAUGGAGGAAACACUGGUGGAGUCUUGCAAGAAGCCUAUGAAGCUUUGACAUCACCAGAGUCAUUGCCAUCAUGUGGUGGAGGUGGAAGCCUCACAACUGUCAAUCUGGAUACAAAUGAAAUUCAAGUAUGGCAACAUGAAGAUUUCAUGAAAGAUUCGUCUUGGCGUUCUUGUCUCAAAGGGAAGGCUUGUUUCGGGGGGUGA